CUCCGCCGGCCUCCUCGCGCCUCACUGCGGGUUAAUAACCAACCAGUUAGAGAGAGCCGAGGGUGACGGCGGCAGGGUGACAGCCCCGGCGCGCCGGCUGCGUGUCGGAGGGUCAGGCUUUCAGCCAGUCUCGGCCACACUCAGGGAUUUGUGUAUACACAUUUUAGGGGAGGGUUAUUAUCAUUAUUGUAUUGUUUGCCUCUGUCUCCGGGGGACCAGGGCGGGAGAAAGGGGCGCGCUCUCCAGCCGAGCGUCGCGCAUCUGAACGGGUCGAAGGAGGCAAUUUCGCGGGUGGGGGAGGGAGGGGAGACCUUGAUUUCCACCAAUCCCCGGGCGUUUGUCUGCGAAGUCCCGGGCGCCGCGGAAGGCUGCGGCGCGUCGCUGAAUUAACUGAUGAAAGCGAGUUCUUUUCUUCUCCGGGAGGGGUGGGAAGCAGGGGUCCUGGCGGGGGAGGCGGAGAAGCCCGGGGCGGGCUAGCGGUCCCGGGCCGCCGUGGAAAUUUCCAAGGACUUGGCGCGGCGCGGGGAGCGCGUCUGGGGGGGGGGGGGGGCCUGGCAGCGCAGUAGCGCGGGAGGCGGGGAGAGGCGGCGAAGGGCGCAGGAGCAUCGCUCAGAAGGGGGCGCCGCGGACCAGAUGUCUGCGAGGGAGCUGAGACUCUCCCCGGCCCCACGCCGAGGGCGACGGUAACGCUGCAGAACCGGCGGGAGCGACUCGCCGCCGCCGCUCCCCGCGCUCUCGGAGACCCCGGCGCCCGCCUUCUUCAGGGGGAGCGACCAUGGCUGUAGCUCGUGACUUGCUUCCGGGGCACUUCCCCUAGAAAGAAAUCCUCGAAAAAGUUGCAUUGGAAAAAAUCCUUGCGCCGACCUUUGAAGCUGUGGGCGCCGAAGGAGCGUGCGUGCGAGUGCGAGCACGAAAGCGAAAGGUGUGUGUGCAUGGGGGGCCGGCGGUGGGGGGAUCCUCCGCUGCCCCUGCGCCUAGCCUAGUGCUGAGGCUCCGGCCCUCGACCGCCACCCUGGGACCCGGGGGCUGCGAUGAGCCCCUGCGGGCGGGCCCGGCGACACACGUCCAGAGGGGCCAUGGCCGUCCUGGCGUGGAAGUUCCCGCGGACCCGGCUGCCCGUGGGAGCCAGUGCCCUCUGCGUCGUGGUUCUCUGUUGGCUCUACAUCUUUCCCGUCUACCGACUGCCCAACGAGAAGGAGAUUGUGCAGGGGGUGCUGCAACAGGGCACGGCGUGGAGGAGGAACCAGACGGCGGCCAGAGUCUUCAGGAAACAGAUGGAAGACUGCUGUGACCCCGCCCAUCUCUUUGCUAUGACUAAAAUGAAUUCCCCCAUGGGGAAGAGCAUGUGGUACGAUGGGGAGUUUUUAUACUCAUUCACCAUUGACAAUUCAACUUAUUCUCUCUUCCCCCAGGCAACCCCAUUCCAGCUGCCCUUGAAGAAAUGCGCGGUGGUGGGAAAUGGUGGGAUUCUGAAGAAGAGUGACUGUGGCCGUCAAAUAGAUGAAGCAAAUUUUGUCAUGCGAUGCAAUCUUCCUCCUUUGUCAAGUGAAUACACUAAGGAUGUUGGAUCCAAAAGUCAUUUAGUGACGGCUAACCCCAGCAUAAUUCGGCAAAGUACAGAUACAUCUUCUGAAAUCCAAAAUGAAAAUUCUUGACUGGAUCCCCAUCACUUUCUCAAUGAAGUCGCAGCUCAUCAUCCAUCCCUCACCACCUCUCCCAUUUGCCUCAGACUCCAGCAUCAUUCAUCACUCCCCAGAGACUGCGCUCGCCAGCACCGCUGCACUCAUGGAGUGCCCUCUGCCUGGAUGGUCCUCCUCAUUUUCCCUUACAAGGCUUAGCUCUCCAAAGGCUGGGCACGGUCUCUUUCAUCUUUUUAUGACCAGAGUGUUUGACACACAGAGAGUGAAUCUUCAGCAAGUAACUGGGUUAAUAUGUGCCAUUCUGGUGAAAUACUUUAUUCCAAAUUUUAAAUUAAAUUACCAUAAAUAAAUAAAUGAACCAGAAGAAUCUACAUGGUAACUGAAAAAUAAGGAUAAGAGGAAAUCAAAUGCUAACAUCUUUAUGGAAUUUCCACUAACUGUAGGGAGGAGAACGUUGAGUUGAGAGUCAUAAUCCUAAACGAAGCCUACUGAACCAGAGGAGCACAGAAAUCUGGGAGGAAGAUGGGAAAAGACUAUGACUCAACCCCAUUCUAUCCACUAGCCAAGAAACAGAAAAAUUCCAAAGCCAUGUGAACUCUUUUUAGACUGAUAUUGUCAUGCCCUUCCUUCUCCCUGUCAGUUCUCUCUUUCGUCCACUUGGAAACCAUACUUCACAAUACAUCUGCUGACAUGGGUAGAGACAGUAGCACUUCGCAGGCUGAGAUGUGUAAAAGCUUCAGGAAAAUGUUUACAGAGGGAAGAUGAAGAAGGGAGGAAGAGCCCUAAGAAUAGUGCAGCUUGAAGUACAAUUUUUACUCCUGUCAUUGACUGAAGAAGAACUAAAGCUUGCCUGUGACUACCUAGCAGUCAGUCAACUGGCCAGUUGGAGUGGAACAUCCUCCCUCAGUCCAGUAGAAACAAGAGAUGAAUGUUUACAAGACAGUGGAAACCAGGCCCAGGGUUCAGCACUCCAGCGUUCUGUCUAGGAAUAGAUCCAAAAAAGACAAUGUACAAACACCUAAAUGACCAGUAAGAGGGUAAGAGGACAUCCUGCACCCACCCAUUCUGCAGCCAAAUAUUGUUCUGGAUCAGGUUAGUGGUUGUGCACAUGCAUACGUGCAUGUGUGUUUACUGUUUAUGGAAAAUAAUUUUAAAAUAUUUGGUGUAGAUCCCCCCAAAUAUUCUGCAGCACAGAGAAAAGUGACUUAAAGGCUCAGAAGAAAAAAAAACAGAAAAAAAAAUUUUUCCAGAGGAAAUAAGAAAAAAACUUUCAAAGCCUUAGCUUGAUGUACUUAACAGGAGUUGACUCACUGGGUACAAGGGGUAUUUAGGAGAACAGAGAAUAAGCUGAAAGUACAGCUGAAAACAGAGAUGGCUGAGAGCAGGCAGAAUUGCAAAGAAAGCAAUACAUUUCACAUUGGAUGCAACAAAGAGUGCAGACAGUACAGUCUGUAAUAUUUAAACUUGAAUGUAGAGGGGAAAAAAAGAGAUGUACAUGACAAGAAAUAAGGUUGAGGACAACCCAGUGUUUAUAGCAGCACUAUUUACAAUAGCCAAGACAUGGACGCAAUCUAAAUGUCCAUUGACAGGUGAAUGGAUAAAGAAGAUGUGGUACGUAUAUAUA